UCGUGUAUAUAUAUAUACAUACAGCAGUUUGUGUGUAUAUAUAUAUCCAUCACCUUCUUUAACGGGUCUUGUCCCUUCUCUUCUUUUCUUAAAGCUAGUUACCAAAAAUUAAAGCAGACUGACUGUGUUUAUUCGCUCUUUCCCAUCUCUUUAAUCUUUGUUUGAAAUUAAAGUACUAGCAUUGAUAGAGAGUUACACAGUAACACAUACAUAUGUAGCUAAACGUAUAUAUACAGCAGCACUACAGACAUCGAUACCAUUUUAGAGGGAGAAAGCGGUGAUAGAUCUAGAGAGAGAAAGUGAGGGGGAAUGAUCGAGGAUGAUGAUGAUGAUGAAUAACUAGAAAGAGCAACAUGGAUAAUACAAGUUGUCAUUCAAGUGGGGACUCUACUACUACUCAUACCAGUACCAGUACUAAUAGAGAUCAACAACUCAAACAUCUCAAUAGAAUCUCUCACAAGAUAUCAAAAACCAUCAUCAGAAAACCCACUUUUGAUGACCAUCAUCAUCGCGUUAAUCAUCAGCCGCCGCCACCACCACCUCCGGAAAUGCAAUCACAGCCGCAGAAUCUGCAGCAGCAGCAGCAGCAUCAGCCGCCGGUCUACAAUAUCAACAAGAGCGACUUCCGAGAAGUUGUUCAGAAAUUAACCGGCUUACCGGCUCACGAGCGGUUCGCUACGCCUCCACCGGUCCAGGCGUCCAAGCCCCAAAGCUCUCGACUUCAGCGAAUACGUCCUCCACCCCUCGCGCAUCUUAGCUGUCGUCCACCUCCCCUGCUAAACAACGCCACCAUAAACCCUAACAACCCCGCCGCCUCAGGCUGUGGGCUAUCUACCAACUUCAUCAACAAUCAACGGCCAGCGACACCUCUGUCGCCGCUACCGCCGUUCCCGGCGGUUCAAGCGGCGGCGGAAUCGCCCAUCUCCGCCUACAUGCGGUACCUCCAGAGCUCAAUCUCGACCACCGAUUCCGAUUCCAAUCGAUUCCCGGCGAACCCGCCGAGGUGGAACAAUCUUCCCCAGUCUCAGCUGCUUCCGCAUCAGCAGCACGUACCUCCGCCGCAGCAGAACAUUGUUCCGUCGCCGACGAGGACUUCAAUGGCUCAAUCGCAGUUCUCAAUCCCGUCGUCGCCACUGCCGUUCGGGGGUUGCUUGCCGUCGCCGCGAUCGCCAUACCCUUUGCUCUCCCCAAGAAUGCCUGUGCCGAGCCCCAGGUGGACAAAUCUUUGAUCAUUUUGCAUUAUCUGUGGACUCCAGAGAUAAAGGUAACCCACUUAGGGUUUUGUAAUUUUUUGGGGUUUAUAAGUUCAUAAACAUGGGUGCAAAAUCGUGUGAUAUUCUUGUAUAUGUAUACAUAUAUCUGUAUUUGUAAAUGUUGGGGAAUAUAUUCAAAGGCCAAUUAUUCAGAGAAAUGAUGUCCGACACUAGUGGAUUAGUAGUUUAUUUAUAUAUUUUUUCCUGUUCUGUAAAUGGUUGUCCACAUGCCAAAAAAAAAAGCCCUAACUUUCUUGUUUUCGGGGUUUUGAUUAAUUGAAUAUUGGGGAGAUGGAGAUGAAGUUAUUCAGUUUGGUGGGGUGUAAA